AUGGCCAUCUCUACGGGCCUCGCCCUUUUGCUGGCUGCCGGCGCCGCCCUGCAACCUGUCGCGGCCAGCCCUACCAUUGACGACGCCUUGGUCGCAAUCUCCAACUCAGACUUCACUCCUCAAUCCGUAUCAAAACGAGGUACUCCCCAGGCUCCCGACGGUUAUGUCCCCGGCAAAGUCGAUUGCCCGAACACACGCCCAACUAUUCGAAAUGGCUCCUCCAUCUCGAGCAUGGAGCGCGACUGGAUCCCCAAGCGCCGAAAUGAGACCAUCUCUCCUAUCCGAGAUCUUUUGAAGCGUAUUGCAAUUCCCGAUUUCGACAGCGAGGCGUAUCUUAAGGAUGUCGAGACCAAUGCUACAGCUCUGCCAAACAUCGGUCUUGCCGUCUCUGGAGGCGGUUACCGUGCUAUGUUGUGCGGUGCUGGUGCGCUGGCAGCUUGGGAUAUUCGAUCGGAUGGUAGUGACAAGGAAGGAAACCUCGGCGGUCUUCUGCAGAGUGCGACAUACCUCUCAGGUCUUUCUGGUGGUGGAUGGCUUGUGGGUAGCUUGAUGAUGAACAACUUCACCUCUGUGCAAGAAAGUGUGCAAUACCCUGGUCUUUGGCAGCUGGAGAAGUCCAUCCUCGAGGGUCCCGAGCGAUACUCGCUGAUUCAAUACUAUAAUACCAUUUUCGACGCCGUUUCAGAUAAGAAGGAUGCCGGUUACGAACGAUCUCUUACCGAUUACUGGGGUCGCAUGCUCUCAUAUCAGCUCAUCAACGCAACAGAUGGUGGUCCUUCAUACACCUGGUCCUCCAUCGCCGACGACCCUGGCUUUUCCGAGGGCAAGGCUCCCAUGCCCCUAAUUGUUGCUGAUGGUCGUGCACCUAACGAGCAGAUCAUCGCCUUGAACGCGACCAACUUCGAGUUUACUCCCUGGGAACUAGGAUCUUACGACCCCGUUCUUGAAGGCUUCGUUCCUCUCAAGUAUGUUGGUUCUGAAUUCGACAAGGGAAAGCUGCCCAAGGACAAGUCUUGUAUCGCUGGAUUCGACAACGCCGGCUUCGUCAUGGGAACUUCUAGCAGUCUCUUCAACCAGAUCGUCCUUUACCUCAACGAGGACGACAGCAACUACGUCCCUGAUGGUGUUCCUGACAUCGCUAUCGAGGCCGUAUCCGCUGUCUUCAAUGCUAUCGGCUCCGAGAACAAUGAUAUCGCUGAUUGGACUCCUAACCCCUUCUAUGGCUGGAACCCCGAGGAGAACUUGAGCGCCAAAUCUGAGCGUCUCACUCUCGUCGAUGGUGGUGAGGAUCUUCAAAACAUUCCUUACUACCCUCACCUCCGAAAGGACCGCGAGGUCGACGUUGUCUUCUCUUUCGAUUCCUCAGCCGACACCGAGUUUGCCUGGCCCGACGGUGCAUCUCCUAUCGCUACCUACGAGCGCUCUCUUACCGACAUCGCAAAGGGCUCAUCCUUCCCUCCCGUACCUGGAAAGAACACCUUCCAGAAUUUGGGUUUCAACAGUCGUCCAACCUUCUUUGGCUGCAACGCCACCAACAUGACUGAGCCUACUCCCCUCAUCGUCUAUAUCCCCAACUACCCCUACGUCUACUCCUCCAACAUCUCCACUUUCCAGAUGAGCAUCAACUCCUCCGAGCUCUCCGCCAUCAUUGAAAACGGGUACGCCGUCGCCACUCAGCUCAACGGCACUCGCGACAAGGACUGGUCUUACUGCGUGGGUUGCGCCAUGCUUUCACGCAGCUUCGACCGCACAAACACCACCGUGCCCGAUAAGUGUCAGGAGUGCUUCACAAACUACUGCUGGAACGGUACCAUCGAUGAUAGCGACCCUGGUAUUUAUGACCCCGAGUUCAUCGGCGACGUGAUUGCGCUUGAGAGUUCCGCGACAAAGAUGGCCAGUAGUGCCUUCGUUGCUCUCGCAGCCAUUGCGGGAUUCAUUCUCAUUUAA